UCCCACUUUACAUUAAAACAGUCGUGGAUGUUGACGAUCGCCCCAGAGUCUGGAAAUGCAGCCGAGAGAUUCAGUCGUGUUACCUAUAUAUAUACUGUCAGGCUACGGUCAUCCCCAGACCUCUCCCUCAAUCGCUCAGCUGCCUCCUUCUGCAGCAUUACAUGCUCACAGAAGGUGACUAUUGCACUCCAGGCUGCCUCAUAGCCUCCCUAGCCUGCCUCCCUAGCAUAGCUAAUAUAAUACCCGGUAAAGAGAGGUCCGCCCCUAUGACCGAUACCAGUUCAUGACGCUCCCUUGUCCAGGUGACACACUCAGACACAGUAUGCUCCGCCGUGUCAUUUGGAGCGCCGCAGUGGUGACACAACGGAUGCACCUCCCUUCUAGGCACCUUAUACAGAUACCGCCCAAAGUAUCCAUGGCCAGACAGUACCUGCGAAAGCCGAAACGUCACAGCACCCCAACGCCUAGUCAGCCAGUUUACUAAAUGUUGUAAGAAACAAUACGGCUGAAUAUCUUUCAGGCCGCUAGUUAAACGGCGCCGUUUAUUUAAAAGGCUAGGCUGUUAAUUGAACGGCCAAUUAAGCUAGUUGGCGGCGACAUCAACACAAUCAUGUUCAUGAUUAGGAACCUAAUCUUGGGUUUAUCGGUUACGUAAAACAUAGAUCAGUGAUCAGAUUAUUGACAUGAGUGUGAUAAGAAUGUAAUGAUAUUUUAUAUAAAAGGGUGCUAUCAUAUCCAUUUCACAUAGGAAAAAAAUGGCAGUAACGGCAGUACUUCUAGCAUUUCUCGGUGUAUUAUUAUCAAUACUUUAUUAUUGGUCACAAUAUAAAUUCGAUUAUUGGAAGAAACGAAAUGUACCGCAUCUUCAACCAACUCCGCUGUUUGGGAAUUACAAAGAAUACAUACUACUGAAGAAGUUUCUCACGGAAGUCGUUAAUGGAAUAUGCGAAAAAUUCCCAAAAGAACCAUACAUUGGUGCGUUCGUGGGAACAGAACCAGCGUUAAUUGUUAAAGAUCCAGACUACAUAAAAUUAAUCCUAACAAAAGACUUCUACUAUUUCAACAGCCGAGAAAUUGCCGAGCACUCACAUAAAGAAGUCGUAGGUAGAAAUAUAUUCUUUACUAGUGGCGAUAAUUGGAAGAUAUUACGGCAAAACGUAACUCCCCUAUUUUCUUCAGCGAAAAUGAAGAAAAUGUUCUACCUCAUAGAGGAAUGCUCAGAUAACCUUGAUAAAGUCUUAUUCGAUUUAAGCAAAAAGCCUAGCGUCGAGGUUAGAGCUUUAAUGUCAAGGUUUACAAUAGACUGUAUUGGAUCCUGUACUUUUGGCGUCGAAACGAAGGCAAUGAAACUUGACGAAAGUAACAACCCAUUCGUGGAAAUAGGUCGCAAGAUUUUUGGGACUUCUAACGUCAGAGGUAUUAAAGCUAUCAGCCGACUUAUCUGGCCUUCAAUUUUCUACAAUUUAGGUUUCAAAGCCUUUCCAUUAGAGGUUUCAGAAUUUUUCGGCAAACUUCUCGAAAAUGUAUUUGAACAGCGUCAAUAUAAGAAUUCAGGCCGACACGACUUUGUAGAUUUAGUUUUGGGUCUGAAGGCUGAAAAAUUUUUAACGGGUGACAGUAUCAGUAACUUAAAGGGUGAAAAGAAGAAAACAACACUGGAAGUCAAUCAUGAUCUAUUAUCUUCCCAGUGUGUAUUGUUCUUCGCAGCUGGGUUUGAAACAUCAGCUACCACACUGAGUUUUAUACUUUUUGAAAUGGCAAAGAAUCCAGAAAUACAAAAACGAGUGUUAGAUGAAGUAGACCAUUAUUUUUCGAAGAACAAUAAAAUAUCGUACGAAUGUGUUAGUGAGACGCCUCUCCUGGACGCCUGCAUCAAUGAAACAUUAAGGCUGUAUCCCGUACUUGGUGUUUUGACAAGAGAACUUGUUGAAGAUUACAAACUACCUUCUGGAGUGCUUUUAAAUAAAGGAGUGCGUAUACAUAUACCAGUUCAGCAUAUACAACGGAAUCCGGAAUAUUUCCCUGAUCCAGAUGUCUUCAGGCCUGAAAGGUUUAUGGGCAAUGAAAAAGAAAAUAUCAAACCAUUCACCUAUAUGCCGUUUGGAGAUGGUCCUAGAACAUGUAUUGGAAUGAGAUUCGCCAAGAUGCAAAUGACAGCAGGCCUCCUCACGAUCCUGAGAAAAGUUCGAGUUGAACUGGCACCUGACACCCGUAUGACAGUGGAAUUAGAACCACGCUCUCUGACCACUCAACCUAAGCAUGGAAUAAAUUUGAAAUUCGUACCAAGAUAAAUAUUAGGCUGAUUUCAUCGCCUUAUGUUUUUAGAAAUAUAACAAUAAGUAUUAAUGUGGUGUACAUGAUUUAUUGUAAAUUAUUUUGUCAUUUUCGCUUUAAAUAUCAUUUCGUUGUGUUUAAUAUAACCAUUUUCCAUUCGUUAACACUGUGAUUAUUAUUUUAGUAUAAUAAAUGUAAAGAAUA